GUUUGAGCAACGCGUUGGUCAAGUUGUUGCUGCUAAAGAGACGCAACAGUGUUAAAUAUAAAGAUUAUUAUAUAUUUACUUACUUGUCGAAAUCGCUUAAAGGGGAGUGCUGCUUGGAUAAGCAAAUAUAAUUAAAAUUUAAUGAAAGCACAUUAAUAAGGAAAUUGAAUUUUGAACGCUAAAUUGUACUCAACGCCCAAAGAAUGCCGCGAAGUUGCGAAUGCUUUUAGAGCAUAUUGCGCAUACGACACGUAGGGCGCAGGGAUAAGUCAACAUAUUGUUGCGAAUUAUUGCGUGUAAGCGAGUAAAAGAUAAUAAAUUGUUAGCAUACUACGCUUUACUCGUGUGUGAAAACGUUGUAAAUAAAGGAAUAAGGCCAUUCCAGCCAUGGACAUUGUCAUACGUGAGGAGGACAUUUCAUUGACGCAGAUUGGCGUAUAUGCGUCGGUAUCCUUUCUCGUUGUCUCAGCAGUCGGAGCUGCUCUUUAUACGACCUGCUCCAGGCGCUAUCGUCUCAACUGGUUCGAGCAGAACCUCUUGGAGUCGGCCAGCGAGAAGGAUGAGGAGCAGCAAAGCCGUGAGGCUCUCGUUGCUGGCGCUGUUGGCUACAAUGUGGACAGUGUGAACGAGUGUGUGGCACGUGGCAAGUUGGCCAAUAAUAAUGCUGGCAAUUUGAGUCCCACUUCACUCAAGUCGGAGGAUGCUGACCCCGCCUUCUGGGUGCCCUCAUCGGUGACCGCCACUGCGGCAGUGCAACAACAGGUUUCGAAUACCACCGAGGAGUCUGCACCACCCACACCCACUUCACCCACUGGCAGCCUCAAGUCAAAUACAUUAUCCUAUUGCUCAACGACUUCGGUUCCCAUUGCCAGAUCCGAUAAACAUGUCGUUCUGGCCAUGCAUCCCAGUCGUCCAAGAGUUUCCUCCAUGAAUGCCAAAUUGGAUCAUACCAAAAUCGAUAUGACAUUGUACCGCAGCCACUCCCAACCAAAGUCUUCCUCUCCAGCUGCAGCCGUCAAUGAAGUUCGUGGUAAUUUGCAUGUCAGUCUCAGCUAUGAUUCUGUCGCUGGUCUGCUCAAUGUGCGUCUCCUGGAGGCGCUGAACUUGCAACCUCGACAGUUUAGUGGCACUGCUGAUCCCUAUGCCAAGAUUCGUUUGCUGCCAGACAAAAAGAACUUCUGGCAGACUCGCAUACACAAGAAGACCCUGAGUCCAGUUUUCGAUGAGCACUUUGUCUUUGAAGUCACAGCUGGUGUUGUUGAUAAGCGCACUUUGGAGAUUCUACUGUAUGAUUUUGAUGCAUAUUCAAGACACGUUUGCAUUGGCGGUACCAAGUUACAUUUGGCCCAUUUAGAUCUGAGUGAGCAGCUGAAACUCUGGACUCCACUCACCUCAGCUUCUGCACAGGAUAUGAAGGUGGAUUUGGGAGACAUCAUGGUAUCUUUGGCUUAUCUCCCUUCCGCCGAGCGUUUGAUGGUCGUUUUGAUUAAGGCAAGGAAUCUGCGAAUUGUGGAUGAUGCACGUAAUUCUUCAGAUCCCUAUGUGAAGGUCUCGCUACUGGGACCAGGUGGUAAAAAACUGAAGAAACGUAAGACCGGUGUGCAGCGUAAUACCGUUAAUCCGGUUUAUAACGAGGCCUUGGCCUUUGAUGUUGGCAAGGAGACGCUCAAGAAUUGUUUGCUAGAGUUUACGGUCGUACAUGAUGGUCUUUUGGGCUCCAGUGAAAUAUUGGGUCGUGCUCUCAUCGGCAAUUCACCAGAAGUUCUACACGAGGAGAAAAUAUUCUUUGAGGAAAUGUUUCGAGCCAAGAACGCCACCGCUCAGUGGGUUCCAUUGCAUGAGCCGGUCAAUAACUUGGGUGCCACAGCGAAGACAACAACCAAAAAUUAGAGUCCACAGCUUUCGCUGUUGCGACAACUGUUGCGUUUCAUCAAAUAGAAACACCUCGAAUUGGCGAGGUGACUUGGCAAAUAAUUAUAUGGGAAUUUGCAGGGAUACAAUUAAGAAGGACGCGGAACGAGUGCACAGACAUCUAUAAAUAUCAAAAUACUUUUAUAUAUAACAUAUAUAAUAUUUAUUAAUUUCAACCACCAAAACUAUAAAUGCUUUCCAUAGUAUCAAUUACUCGUCUAAUCAAGGAAUAUAAAAUAUACAUAUUUAAAAGUAUAUUCUUAUAUAUAAUAAAAGUACUUAUAUAUACACGUAUGUGCAACGUAUAACAUAUGUCAAGAAGUACCUAAGAUUCAAUUACAUAAUUAUGAUGGAUACAUAUAUAAAAACGAUAUCUCUAAUAAUUACUUAUACAGGGGUGUUCCAGAAAUGUAGACAAACCAAAAAUUAAUGAGUUCUUGGUUGGUUUUUGAUUGAUUUGUAUUUCCGGAACACCCCUGAUAAUCAAAUUUCAAAACGACUUCCCAUUCCUUUGAAUGCUAUGCUAUAUACAUUUCACUGAAAUUUAAAUGAAAUUAGAAUUUAAAACAGAAAUAUAUAUAUAACUAUUCUGCAUAUAUGCGUAGUAAAAGCUUAGAUAAUCGCGCACAACUGUAAACAGAUUUUCGAUCAUUUCGGUAUUUUUUUAUCUGGAUAUUAUGAGAGGUUUCA